GACCGCCCCGCCAUAAUGUCCGACGAUGAGAUGAACAUUGAUGACGCCGGUAAUAGUGGCGUUGUGAGGCGCAAGGGCAGAGGCUUCCAGAGCGCUGCUGGUGCAAAUGAAAGUGCAGUGACCUCGGAGCAGACAUUCGACCGUGUGGAAUCCUCGCAAGCGUUAGAGACACGGGCUGCGCGCUCCGUCGAGGGAUGGAUUGUAAUGGUGGCGAACGUCCAUGAAGAGGCAACCGAGGAGGACGUUAUGGACAAGUUCGCCGAGUAUGGAGAGAUCAAGAACCUCCACCUGAACCUUGACAGAAGGACAGGUUAUGUGAAGGGAUACGCGUUGGUGGAAUACGAAACAAUGGCAGAUGCGCAGGCUGCCAUUGAUGGCGCGUCUGGCACCAGCCUCCUGGAGCAGAGCCUGCAGUGUGACUACGCAUUUGUCAGGCCCCCUCCCACCGGACCAAGAGGUGGCCGAGGUCGUGGAGGUCGCGGGCGCAGCGCGAGUCCGUCGCGUCGGCGGGAGCGAGAGUAAAAAAGCAUUUGGUAGAACAGUCCCGUUCCCACUGGUGUUCUCGUUGAAUGACCCCUUGCUCAUGCGUCAUGUCUCGUUUGUUUCUGCUUCUUUCGCAUCCAUAAUCGCGCACCUGUAUGUCGUAGCUGUAUAUUGAAGUCCCACUUUGCCGAGCGAGAAACGCGGCGGGCC